GUCGGCAAGGCGUAUGCGAUGCUGACGAGGCUUUCUCGUAUCGACGAGUCAACAUUCGACGCGGUCCGAUGCAAAAAUACCAGCCCAGGUGGCACGGCAGGCCCUCCGCGCGGCGUCGUAUCUAGCUGGUCCCUUGCUCAUGCAGCUCAGCUCAGCCCAGCACAUGUGUUACGCAUUCUUGUGUUUGCACGUUUGCGAUACAUCGACAGAGAGUACAAUUCAUGGUGCUCUUGUUCCUGAAUGCCCAGCAGCGGUGUCCUUGCAUACCACGCCUGCAAGUAACGUGGAGUCCACGCGCUGGGGCUCCGAUGGGCUGGUCCUUGUACUGAUUGCCGACAUAUCCCUAUCACUGUCGGGUUCCGAACGUCUUUCUUUCCUUUUGUGUGCCGACAGAGAGAUGAUCCCAGUGUGUCUGCGCUCUGAUGCUUCCACCGACGUCAUCAGGUUGCAACGUGGUUUUCCAUCGUGCGCGCGUCAUCAACUUGGUGUAUGCAGAUAUUGCGCUCGAGAUUUGUCUCCCCGAUUUUGUCAAAGGAACAACAGACACCCUUCUCCACGUCGAAGCACCUCAUUCGUUGGUAGCACUAACAUGCAUCCAGUAAGAGUCGACUGCCCUGCGCUAUCGAUAUAGCCUAUCGAUAGGACAGAAGGUUCCUGCAUAAGCGCUGCUGAACCUGCGCACUCUAAUGCAUGCGCUCUGCGCCC